CUUUAUAGUUUUGUUAAAAGAUAUGUUUAAGCGAUGAAAAAAACGAGUGCCGUAUACGUCGAUUAUUUAAGAAAGUGUAUUUAUUUUGUGCAGUAGAGAGCAGCGGAUGUAUGAUAAUAAAAAGCUAAGAUUAUAGGACACGUUACAUAAAAAACAAGAGCAUUAACAUGUUCUGAAUAAGGCACCAUUAAAUCAGGAAACGUACUGGAUCCCUAAUUUGAAUGUGAAAUUGCCGUUGGCAGUAUUUAUUAGUUUAUUGAAACCAACGCGUAUAAAUGAGUGAAGCUCUAUAUUUGCGAUCAACGUACCUCUAAAAUAUUGAUAUUAUCGAGUGAUUAUUUAAAAAAAAUAUGUUUUAAAAACAACAAUGGAUGGCAACAGAUGUAAGUCUUUAAACGAGUUCUUGUAUGAGCCAGGUUUUCAGAACUUAGUACAAGGAGUUCAUGCUCUAAAUACAGCAAGGAAAUCAUUUCGCGACUUGAUAGAGAAACAGUGGAAACAUUUCAUUGUUAGACUCCCGGAUACAGAGAAAGAUCAACUUGGCAAACUUAUCAAAUGUAUAAAUCACCAUGGCACGAAACCAGACUUUGCAAGCACUCUUGGUUGUGGUCACGAAACGUGUGAUUUGCUAUACGCCAGGUUAAGAAAACUUUCUUAUGUCACGGGAGAUAUACCUGUUGAGCAAGAUGUGGAAAGUUCAUUACAAGAGACGCAAGAGAAUUUUUCUAACACUGACAACGGCUUUAACUUUAUCUGGGAUUUGGCUAAUUGUUUCAUUUGUGUAAAAAUGCAGGACUUAAAACUACAUGGCCCAGAGCUGGAUGCUAAAACAUUAAUUAAACUUAUGAAAAAUUGCAGGAUGUUUGCAUUCAAAGAUUCUGAGAGAAUUUAUAGUCAGGUUUUGGAAAACAUAGACAAAUUUGUAUAUGCAAAAGACCUGCUCAUUUCAAAAGAAGGCCUGGAAGUGUUGAUUGAUCAAUUGUUGGCUCUUUUGCGUCAUUGGCAAAAUAAUUGCCAGUCGUGUUCAUAUGGUUUGGAGGAUAUAGAAAAGAUGCAGCAUGAUAAUGCCGACUAUGAAAACUUCGAAUAUAAGCUUCUUGUGAAAAACGUUCUGGAAAUUAUAAAAAGUAUGUUGAAUGACAGCGAAAGUGACAGAGAUCUGCCUACAAACAUCAAAAGCAAGGACGUGUCGUCUUCAAAGGAACUGAUUUCUUCAUUGCUGUCACAGGUGGAGGUAAUGAUAUCCGCACUUGAGCCUAAUGAGCUAUUAGAAUUAAAGCAGAAAAUAGAAUAUUUGGAGGUAGAAAACAAAACAUUAAAAAUGGAGAUAGCUGAUGAAAAAUCCAAGAAAGAAACCAAACUGAAGGAAAACAGAGAAAUACAGGAUAAAAUGAAACAACUCGAAGCGGAACUUGAAAGACAAGUACGUUUAAGUGGUAUUUUGCAUAUAUUUCUACAUGACGCAUGGACCAACAUGCAUUUAAACAAGUAAAAUAAAAAACUUAAAUACAACCAUACACGGCAAAAUAUGAAAGUGACUGUCAUGUAAUGCUUAAGUUCAAUGAAACAUAUCUCUUUGCUUGUAGUCAACCCGCUCAAACAUAGUCAAUGUUAUAUACUAACAACUCUGUCGUAUUGUAUUCCGUUUUGCUACCUUCUUUUAAUGGCAGAGUGCACAUUUACUUUCUGAUUUUCUAUAUACACUAAUCACGUGACAGCAAACUUUGCAUUAGUUGUUAAUGCUUAGAUUCCUGGCCUGUCUAAUUCUUAUGAUCAGAUAAGUGGAUACAAUAAGAAUUUCAUUAUAACCUAUUUGGUAACAGAAGAGCACAUGCCAAUAAAUGUGGUUAUUUUUUGUAAAAGAAAGGUCAUAGUUAGGAUCUAUCCAUUCAUUGACCAAUUAAUGUAAAUAAUUGCAACCAACUAUCCUUACAUGAACAAACUCUUUCCAUACACAAGCAAAAUAUUUGAAAUGAACGAAAUGUUUUAAGUUUUAAACGAGAUGUGCAUUCUAAAUGCUUACACAAUCAUAGUUAGGCAGGUCAAAACUGAAACCGUGUAAAAUUGGCGCAAUGCCUCGUUUGGUUCUGUAUUUAUAGUUAUACUGUAGUAAUAUAAAACACUUGCCUAUUGCUAAACAUGUGUCGGAAUAAAUUAGCGUUUUCAAAUAACAAAAAGCUUUUCUCAACAUGUCUCACAGCUUGAAAACCUAAAGCACGUAAAAUGCACGUAAUAUAAUUUGGAAAAAGAUACGGUAUUGCCUUUGCCCAUAUGAAGCAACUGUAAAGCAAAUAGUAGGUUUGCCUAUCAUCCAGUCUAUAUAUUAUAAUAUUGGUUCGAUCACAGUUUGGACGACAAGACCAAAAAGGAAAAAAAAACGAAAAAGAUUUUGUGUAUCAAGCUGGUACUCAUUGUAAUAUUGAGACACGUAGAGAGAUUUUCUUUAUUGUACACAGAAUAAGUAAGUCACAUAAACUUGUUCUUUGUAAAGAUAUGCAAAAUCUUCAUGCUACCAUAAUACAUUACAACAUUUGAGAGACAGAUGAAAUCUUGAACAAUAAUACUGUAAACCCUUAGAGGAGGUUCAGAUCAAAUCUUGAACCAUAAUACUGUUAAAACUUGGAGUCAGAAAAAAUGUGACCACAGCUUAUCAGAUGAUCAGAAUACAGGAAAGUCUUAUUGUAGAAUACCAUAAAUAACCUUAAAAAUACAAGUGCAUAGUAGUUUAUACACAGAAUGAGUACCUUAAAUCUCAAUUUAAUUUCAAUUUAAUCAUUGAAAUAGCUUUCAAGAAACACAUUUUCAGAUUUUUGUAACGAAUGAACACUUCUCAUGAUUUUUGUAGUUCCUUUUGAGUAAGCUUGUAAUUAAUCAUGCACAAUGAUAACAUAUACGUACGUUGUAAAUUAGCUAAGUUGUAUAUAUUUUCCUAUUCCUAUACUCGUCAUAAAGGUUCUUUCCAUGUUAAAUGUUCGUAUAUAUAGAUAUAAGGCCUGGUUAAAAUAUGAAAAUCGUUAUUUAGGGCCAAAAAGCCUUCAUAAAUCUUAAUAUCCAAUAAUGUACACAUAUAUUACGUUUGUUGAAACUGAACUUGUAUCAUUUUUCAUUUCACGUUUUAGGUGUUAUUUUAUGAUUUCUAA